AUGACGUCACAAGAGCUACGUAAAGGCUUGCCAGAAUUGUUUGAGAAUUUACGUUGUCUCGGGGUUGGUGGUGCUAAUGUGGUGCACCAAACAACUGCUGCUGCUGUAGGGGCAGCAGCAGCUGCAGCUGCUGCAGCAGGAGCAACUCAAGGAUCUGGUCAGUUCCAGAGAUUAAAAGUUGAAGAUGCUCUUUCUUACUUAGAUCAGGUGAAGCUACGGUUCGGAAAGCAGCCCCAAGUUUACAAUGACUUCUUGGACAUUAUGAAGGAGUUCAAGUCUCAGUCCAUAGACACCCCAGGAGUCAUAGCCAGAGUCUCGCAGCUUUUCCGUGGUCAUCCAGAGCUCAUUGUCGGCUUCAACACCUUCUUACCGCCCGGCUACAUUGAGGUGCAAGGGAAUGAGCAGGUGAAGGUAAGCGUUAGUGUUCCAGGGCAACAGACAACAGUGGUUCAUACCCCUCAAGGCAUCCGUCAUCACAUCACCCCAACACACCAUCCACCUCCGCCGCCACCACAGCCUGUGACUGUCAAGCCGCCUCAUCAUCCGCAGCCGCCAAGAUCAGCGUUGACAUCUGGUGGUGUAACACCACACACAGGACCAAGUUUAGUUGGCACUCACAGUGUUCACAAUGUAGCAGGAAGUGGCAGUGGGGCUGGGGCGGUGGUGGUGGCAGCAGUGGCAGUGGAAUGGGGAGGAACAGCCAGUGUCAGUCAGGUAGCAAGCAGUGUUAGUGUUGGCAGCAGCACCCCCACAGGCACGAACUCCGGUAGCAGCUCUAAUGCCACCAGCAGCUCUGCAGGGGGUGCACAGCACUCCACCAACACAGCCCCCCAGCACCCCAGCCGGGAACCCCAGCCUCCCCCACCUCAUCAUCACCCCCAUCACCACCACCAGCCUCCAGCACAACCUGUGGAGUUCAACCAUGCCAUUAAUUACGUGAAUAAGAUUAAGUUGCGGUUUCAAGGCCAGCCUGACAUCUACAAGCAGUUCCUAGAAAUCCUUCACACUUAUCAGAAGGAGCAGAGACACAUUAAGGAUGGAGGAUCAAUUCCUGCCAGAACACUCACCGAAACGGAGGUCUAUGAGAAGGUUGCAAAGUUAUUUGAGAACCAAGAAGAUUUACUGCAAGAGUUUGGCCAGUUCCUACCCGAUGCAACCAACAACUCAGCUGCCCAAGCAGCUGUUUCUGACUUUAUGGACCAGUAUCGCACUCAUCAUGGGAGUAAUAAAAAUGUAAGCAAUGAUCAUACCUCAGUGAAGAAACCAAACCUAAAAAGCAGCUGUGGUAUGGGAUCUGGGAACAACAUGGUCAGUGGGCCCGGCAACCCCCCCAACAAAACGCCACCUUUGUUCAGCCAUCAGCUAAAAAGACCUCACCCAGGGCCAACACAAAGCCACUCCCAUGGCCACGCGCAUGCCCAGCCACCCGUUAAAACAAAAUUGGGUUAUCUCAAAGAUAUGAGUGCUGCAGAAGCUGGAAAACAUGCCACUCUAGCUGAGUAUGCCUUCUUUGACAAGGUACGGAAAGCGUUACGUCAUGAAGAGACGUAUCACAACUUCCUGAGGUGCAUCACUCUUUACAACGAGGAAAUCAUCACACGCGCUGAAUUGGUGCAGCUAGUCCACCCAUUCCUUGCAAAAUUCCCAGACCUGUUGAAGUGGUUCAAGGAUUUUGUAGGAUACCGUGAAGGAGCUCUAGGCAGCUCAGAUAUUAUCCCCUCAACUGUUGCCAAACAAGAAAGGAUUAGUGGUGAUCUGGCAAUGGAGAUCGAUUACACAACAUGCAAGAGACUGGGAGCCUCCUAUUGUGCUCUGCCAAAGUCGUCCCAGCCCAAGUGUUCAGGAAGAACAGGUCUCUGUAAAGAAGUUCUUAAUGAUACCUGGGUUUCCUUCCCCUCUUGGUCAGAGGAUUCCACCUUUGUUACCUCACGGAAAACUCAGUACGAAGAGUACAUUUACCGUUGUGAGGAUGAGAGAUUUGAGUUGGAUGUUGUGCUAGAGACCAAUUUGGCAACGAUGCGCGUGUUAGAGGGAGUACACAAGAAGCUUCAGAGGAUGAGUCCAGAAGAGGCUGCAAGAUUUCGGUUAGAUGAUUCCCUCGGGGGCAACUCUCCAACAAUACACCAGAGAGCCAUCAGGCGAAUAUAUGGUGACAAAGCUCCUGACAUUAUUGAUGGAUUGAAAAAGAAUCCAGUUGUUGCAGUGCCUUUGGUCUUAAGAAGAUUAAAAGCAAAGGAUGAAGAAUGGAGGGAAGCACAAAAAGGCUUUAACAAAAUUUGGAGAGAACAGAAUGAGAAAUACUACCUAAAAUCACUUGAUCAUCAGGGUAUCACUUUCAAGCAAACAGACAUCAAGACAAUAAGAUCCAAAAGUCUUCUAAAUGACAUCGAAACUUUGUUUGAUGAGCGGCAUGAGCAGCAGGAGGACAGUGGUGAGGUGAUCACUGGCCCCCACAUGGUGCUCCAUUAUACUGACAAGUCAAUCUUGGAUGAUGCAGCCAACUUGGUGAUUCACCAUGUGAAGAGACAGACCACUUACCAUAAGGAGGACAAGCUUAAGAUUAAGCAGAUAGUCAGACACUUUUUGCCAGACCUCUUGUUCCACACAAGGCAGGAAAUGUCUGACGAUGAGAAGGACAUGGAAGAUGAAGAAGAGGAAGAGGAAGACAACAAGAGUGAUGGAAAGUGUGAAAAUACAGGCCGCCGAGAUCUGCGAGAACGAGAGUGCAAACAAACCUCUUCCACCUCAUGUGCCACCACUAACAAUAAUUCCAAUAAGAGAAAAAGUAGAAGUAGAGGGACAGAUCCAGAAAAAGAAGGAGACACAAAAAGUGUGAGAGAAAGUGGGAAUAAUAACAAUAACACAUCAAGGAGGAGCUGGGACCACGGACGUAAUGGAAACCCUCAGUCGGAUGACGAGUACAGAUUAUUCAUGUGCAACAACAACUGGUACCUGUUCCUCCGCUUACACCAAAUUCUCUGCUGCCGUCUUACCACUAUGUACGAACAUGCAGUGCGAAUAGCUGCUGAAGAAGCUAAGGAUAGGAAAGACCGUAAAGAAGCUACUGCUGUCGCCCUCAGACUCAAACCCAAAAAUGAGAUUGCUGUUGAAGAUUACUACCCUGCCUUACUGGACAUGAUCAAGAAUGUCCUUGAUGGUAAUUUGGAACCAACAGCGUAUGAAGAUACUUUGAGGGAGAUGUUCGGAAUCCAUGCGUACACAGGCUUCACCAUGGAUAAAGUGGUUACUAGUGCUGUAAGGCAGUUACAACACCUGGUGUGUGACGACCCCCCAGUCCAGUGCACCGCCAUGUACCUGAGUGAGGCAAAGAAAGGUGCUGCUGGCGGACCUUUAGCCUCUGCACACAGACGGCUCGCAGCAGAACAGGCCUAUCAGAAGAAGUCAGAGCGCUUAUUACAAGAUGAGAAUUGCUUCAAAAUUUACACUUACAAAAGAAAUUGUAGAAUGACAAUAGAACUGAUAGACACGGAGAUUGAGGAGGAGAAUGACAGUGGAGGCAGCGCAGGCUCAGCAGUUAGUCAUAACACCACAGUUCCUUCCUCUACAAUUCCACCUUGUGCUGAGGUGGAAAGAUGGAGUGCCUAUGUUGAAAAAUAUGUUUCUUCCGUCGCACCUCAGAUGUCUCCUGCCAUGCAGGCUCAGCUCUCCAGAAAACCAGUAUUUCUCCCACGUAAUCUUCGAUCUUGGAGAAAACUGACAGCAGCAAGACAGACCAAUCAGGAAGUAGAAAAGGAUAGCUGUGCUGAAGAUGUAAAACCUCCUGUGUGUCCUGAUAUGGAUAUUGUGGACAACACUCAGUGCAAGUUCAACCUCUCCUCCUUCAAAAUGGUAUUUGUAGUGAACAGUGAUUCCUACAUGUACAAGAAGCAAGCACUCAAGAGAGCAAAACAGAGUCAUGAACACGUUAGUCGAAGGAUGCGCAGUGGCCUUGUUUCCUGGCACAGUGAUUGGUGCACAAGACAUGUAUCAGAAGCAGAUCAACGAGCUGCUACUGACUGGUUCCUGGGGCACACAGAUGGGUUGCGGCCAAAUUGCACGAGAGUAGUGCGCAUUGACGAUCCUUCCCGACCCCCAUUUGCACCCUACAACAAGUACAAGUGUGAACUGGAAGAGAGUGGUGGGUCAUAACAUGUGGUGUUCACCUCACCGCCUCACUCAGCCAUUGUCAGACUGAUUAAAAGGGCGGGCAGAAUGAGUGUCAGUGGAGGAUCAAAAUCCCACACUGUGAGCUGUGACUUUUAACUUUGCUCUAAGAGCAAAGGUGUGUGGACGUCACCUCAAAGUACAAGAUUGUAGCAGGGAUGGUGGUGUGUGGACCGCAAGUCGCAGCACGGAGGCAAGGAGUGGUGUUGGGGUGGGAAGAGACAGAUUGAAUAAUACACUGUCUCAGGUUGCAAUGAAGUGUUGAGCAUGUGUUCUGUAUAUUAUGCAUCAUAAUGCAUCAGUUAUUAUGAGUGAUUCCUGUGGAAGUUGCAAGACUGGAGAAGACCAAAACAUUUCGAGUUAUGAUGCAGAAAAAAGAAAAAAAGUAAAAAAUAAAAGAAAAAAAUCAAUUGAUGUGCCUCACGAAUGCCUGUCAGUACAAUGUAGUAUUAAAAUGUAAAUGCGAGCUGCAGCAUUGAAGCAUCCCAGUGACAAGAAUCUGCCCUCAAGGGACUGCCCCAUUCACCAUCCGUUGCACUGCAUGGUCUCCACAGCACAAACUUGCUACUAAAUUUUGCAACAACUCCUUUCUAAUGUACUGUUGCUGGGACCGAGAGAGUGGACUCCUGAGUGAGCCAGUUGUACAAGUGAAUGAUAAUUAUAAUUUAUAGUUGUACAGAUGAUCUGAUAAUGUUUUUGUUAAUAAUGAUGUUUCCUUGUAUAAGACGGGAUUGAGGGGAGAUGUGGGUGGCAGUGGCAAAUUGUUGUGGGCUCUUCACAGGCCAAAUGAUUUUCCUUGAGCUGAAUAGGAAAUAACUAUUAAUUGGUUAUUUAUUACCAGAUAUAUAUAUAUAUACAGUGUAUAUAUAUAAAUAUAUAUGUAAUCAGGGAUAUGAAUUAUCAGUGGCUUCUUGGCAGCCAUAGUAAUUCAAUGAGAUAAAGUCAAGAGGCAAGAAGUUAUACAUAAAUGUGUAAAGUAUUUUAUAAGUAUUCUACAGCUUCCUUCCCACACCACACACAUCUAAAGUUACAGAACACAUGUACACAAGCAUAUUUUCAUAUUCUACGGUUCUAUAAAGAAACAGUAUUCAGAAACUUUA